CUGCCACGUGGGGUCACUGUUGUCGCUGGUAGGCAGGGAUCAUGUGUGGUGACGUAAAUUCCCUGCGACACUGGCUCCUCUUCGUGAGUCGCACGAAAACAUUGGCAAAUGCGUGUGAAAUUUGGGAGCUCAGAGAAGAAACGUUGCAUUUGACACAACCAACGCCGUGUGGCAAUGACAGUGUGCAACUUUUUUCUUCAGGGCCGUUGUCGUUACGGUGAAAAAUGUUGGAAUGAGCACCCGAGGGGAGGAAGCAGAGGAGGUGGAGGUGGAGGAUACAACAAUAACUACAACCGCUCUUCUGCUCAGCAGCAGCCCAGAGGAGGAGGUGGAGGGUUUGGAAACAGAGUUUGGGUGAAUCCUUCCCAGCAAAAAGGAGGCUAUAUCCAGCCUUCAUCCUUCUCCUCUCAUGGAAGUGAUGACUGGGGUCGCGGAGGCGGAGGAACUGAAUGGGGUCGAGGAGGAGGCAGUGGAGGAGCUGACUGGGGUCGAGGAGGAAGCGGCGGAGGAGGAGCUGACUGGGGUCGAGGAGGAGGAGGAGGAGGAGGAGGAGGCAGUGGAGGAGGAGCUGACUGGGGUCGAGGAGGAGGAGGAAGAGGAGGAGGAGGAGGAGGGAAUGACUGGGGCCGAGGAGGUGAAGGGAGAAGAGAUAACGUGAAGGGCUCUGAAUUCAGCUUCUCCGCUCAAAACAGAUUCGCAGCGCUUGGUACCCCCAGCACCUUUGACAGGGGUGGAAGAGGAGGAGGACAGCACGUAGCAGCUGGUGAUGAAGAUGAUGACAAAAAACUGGAGAUCAUUCAGAUGGACAUGGAGAGUUGGGAGAGUUCAGGGCAGUGGGGCUUCUCGUGUUACUCUAGCUUCAAGACACCUUUAUCUGGUUUCACUGACCUCUCUCCAGAAGAGCUCAGACUGGAGUAUUACUCGACAAAAGCUUCAGGAGAUCUGCAGAGCUAUGUUAAUGGCAUCAAUCAGUUGCUCAACCAGUGGAGAAGCAGAGUCCAGGAACUGAAGGUUAUGAAUCCAGCCACCCGUGCAGCUUUGCUUGCAGAGUUAAACAACCCAGCACCUCAGGCAUCUUCAAGUGACUUUGGUUCAGAGACAGCGACUGGAUUUGGAUCCUCUGCAUCCAGCUUUGAAAGCAAAGGCUUUGGGGCUCCAGCACCAGCCCAGCCUGGCACUUUCAGCUUUGCUGCUCCAAGUGGUGGAUUUGGUUCCUCAGCGCCACCGUCGUCCUCCACAGGUUUUGGCAGCGCCUCAGUACCUCCUACACAACCUCCCUCUGGGCUUGGUUCCUCCUCUGCAGCGUCCUCUGCUCUUUCGGCUGCUUCUUUUUCCUUUGGUUCUCCAACCACCAGCACGCCAGCAGCCACUACAGGAUUUGGCUCUGCCUCGGGGUUCAGUUUCUCCUCGACAGCAAGCACGGCAGGAGGAUUCGGGAGUGGUUUCGGGGCUGAAGCACCUGCUGCAGCAGGAAGCAGCAGUAUUUUUGGACAGACAAGUGGAGGGUUUGGGACAACUGCUGCUCCACCUGCAGCAGGAGCCUGGUCUGCUGGUGGGGCAUCGAACAGUCUGUUUUCACCUGAGAGCCAACUGACUCCAGAGGAACUGAAUCAGUUCAAGGCUAAGAGGUUCACUCUAGGUCAGAUCCCUUUAAAGCCUCCCCCAGCUGACAUGCUGAUGGUAUGAUGCUGUGGAAAGAUUUUUGAUAAUUUAUACAAAGUAAAGCUUUUCUUCUGCAUAGUGCUUCUGUUUAAACCAAAGUCAUUAUACUCAUUUUCAAGAUAAUUAUUCAAAUACUUAAGAUCUGAUUUGACAGGGAAAACUUGCUUUGGUUCCAUUUAAGAUUUUUGUGUAUAUGCAAAGUAUGCUUUUUGUACAGCUGUACAAUACACUUUACAUAUUUUUAGAUUAUGGCUUUUGUCAUAUAAAGUGCUAUUUUUGAGAUGAUUGUCUUUCAUGUUGGAUUGUUCUGAAUCAAUUUGCCAAUUUUACCUUUUCCCAUUUGUUGAGAUGCUGACAGUAAACUGAUCAGUUGAUGAGCAAAGAUUCUGAUGUUUUAUUUGCAUGAUUGUGUGAUCAAACAUAAUCUAUAUUACAACAAAACAAUAAAAGCAUGCCUUGA